CGUUUGCGGCACCGUGUGGGCGGGAAGGGCCCGGCUGUCGGUUGGAGGGGCGUCCUCGCCCCGCCCCCCGCCCCGGGCCGGUACCGGGCUCUGCUCCCCAGCGCUGGCCGCCGCCCAAGACCCCGUCCGCUCCCCGUCGCUGGUGCCAUGGAGGCGACGGGAGAGGCAGAAGUCGCAACCGAGGAAGGCGACAGCAGCUGCGGGGAUGUGUGCUUCAUGGACAAAGGUCUACAGAGAAUAUCACAGUUAUCUUUAGAUUCAACCCUUCAUGCCAUCAAUCUCCAUUGCAACAACAUCUCUAAGAUUGAAGCCAUUGAUCAUAUUUGGAACUUACAACAUUUAGACCUGUCAUCUAAUCAAAUAAGUCAAAUUGAAGGGCUAAACACUCUGACAAAACUAUGCACUUUAAAUUUGUCCUGCAACUUGAUCACAAGAAUAGAAGGACUUGAAGCACUAAUUAAUCUGACUAAACUGAAUUUAUCUUAUAACCACAUAAAUGAUCUUAGUGGAUUGAUGCCCCUCCAUGGACUUAGGUAUAAGCUUAGAUAUAUUGACCUGCAUAGUAACUGUGUAGAUAGCAUCCACCACUUACUUCAGUGUACAGUAGGAUUGCACUUUUUGACCAAUCUUAUUUUGGAGAAGGAUGGAGAGGGAAAUCCUGUCUGUCAUGCACCAGGGUACAGAACAAUUCUUCUCCAGACAUUGCCACAGCUUAGAGUCCUAGAUUGUAAGAAUAUCUUUGGUGAACCAGUCAAUUUGACAGAUAUGAGUUCAUCACGCCUUCCGAGCUUUGAAGGUCUUUUGGAUAAUUUAACUUCUUCUGACUGUCCCCUAAAUAUGAGUGAAGAUGAGGUUGUUGAUUGCAUGCCAGUGGUAACCCCACCCAUUGAGGAAUUACCUCCCAUGGAGCAGUAUACAAGCACACCACCGGAGACUGUUUUGACAUCUUUUUUAUCUGUGUGUCCAUCUUCAGAGCCGGAGAAAUGUAAUGCCGAAAAUGAUUUUCAAAAUGACAUGAAACUUCAGAAAUUAGAUGAUCAAAUUUUACAGCUUCUUAAUGAUACUUCUAAUUGUAUAGCAGAUACUGUUCCUGAGCAAGACCUCUGCCCGAAAAGAGAUACGGAUAUAACUUCUGAAAGUGAAUGUGGAAACAGAAAAGAAUGCUGUAGAAGGGCUCCUCGACGAUCAAAAAUCCCAUAUUAUUGCAAAACGAUUCAAACUAUUAGGCACCACAAUAAAAACAGUUGCCAUUUUGUGAGCUGUAACCGUAAAAUGAAACAACCAUACUUUAAGGAAUUAUACGUCAGAUCAUCUUUAGCAAAUUGUAAUGUAUCACAAGACUCAGAGGACCAGAAGACUGAUAUCGUUAAAGUAGACAACAGUAGUUCUGAAGACAACACUUACCGGUGCCUUGUUGAACAGCUAGACCAAGAGAGAGAAAUGAGAUGGAAAGCUGAACAAGCUGAAAAGAAACUUAUGGAUUACAUUGAUAAACUUCAUAAACAAGCAAGUGAAAAAAAAGAUGUUCACAGUCUUGCUCUGCUAACCACAGAUAGAUUAAAGGAUAUCAUUUUUAAAGAGAGAAAUUCCAAAGCACAACUUGAAAUUAUGGUUCACAGACUUCAAAAUGAAAUUAAAAAGCUGAGUAUUGAAUUAAUUAAAGCAAGAGAUCAACAAGAGGAUCACAUUAGACACUUAAGGACCCUGGAGAAAGCGUUAGAAAAAAUGGAGAGGCAAAAAGGGCAGCAGCAGGCUGCGCAGAUGAGACUUCUCCAAGAGGUGGAACUCAAAGCUGCAGCUGCUGAUAGAGAAAUAAACUUACUCAGGACUUCCCUUCAUCAGGAGAAGGAACAAGUACAACAGCUUCAUGAACUCCUUGCCUUGAGACAGCAGGAACACAGAAAGGAACUUGAAACAAGGGAAUUUAUUUCUGAAGCUGAAUUCCAGGAUGCCUUAGCCAAAGAAAUAGCCAAGGAAAAGAGAAAACAUGAGCAAGAGAUAAAAGAUUAUCAAGAGAAAAUUGAUUUAUUAAACCAGCAGUAUAUGGACUUAGAAAAUGAAUUCCGUAUUGCCUUAACCCUUGAAGCCAGGAGAUUUAAGAAUGUUAAAGAUGGUUUUGAAAAUGUUGCAACUGAGUUAGCAAAGAGUAAACAUGCUCUUAUUUGGGCUCAACGAAAAGAAAAUGAGUCUUCCUCUUUAAUUAAAGAUCUGACCAGUAUGGUGAAGGAACAAAAAACCAAACUCGCGGAAGUUUCUAAAUUAAAACAGGAAACAGCAGCAAAUUUGCAAAAUCAAAUCAACACUGUUGAAAUUCUGAUUGAAGAUGACAAGCAGAAGAGUAUUCAAAUAGAACUUCUCAAGCAUGAAAAAGUCCAGCUUAUUUCGGAACUAGCAGCAAAAGAAUCACUCAUUUAUGGUUUAAGGACAGAAAGAAAAGUAUGGGGAUAUGAACUGGCCCAACAGGGAUCAUCUCUAGCCCAAAAUCGUGGGAAAUUAGAGUGCCAAAUUGAAAGUUUAUGUCGAGAGAAUGAAUCUCUGCGAAAGGCGAACGAAAGUGAUAGUGAUGCAUUAAGAAUAAAGAGCAAAAUUAUAGAAGAUCAGACUGAAAGCAUUCGAAAAUUAAAAGAUUGUGUACAAGAAAAAGAUGAACAAAUCAAAGCAUUAAAAGAUAAGAUGGCUGAGAAAGAAAAGUGUAUGCAAGAACAGCUUGAUGAAAAAUCUUCCCAACUAGAUAACGUAGUUGAGCAAUUGGAAAGACACAAUGAAAGGAAAGAAAAACUGAAGCAGCAAUUGAAAGCAAAGGAAUUGGAACUUGAAGAAAUUAGGAAAGCUUACAGCACGCUUAAUCAGAAAUGGCGUGAUAAAGGAGAACUUCUGUGUCACCUUGAAACACAAGUAAAAGAAGCGAAGGAAAAAUUUGAAAACAAGGAAAGGAAACUUAAAGCAGAAAGAGACAAAAGUAUUGAACUACAAAAGGAUGCGAUAGAAAAGCUUCAUUGUAUGGAUGAUGCCUUUAAAAAGCAAGUUGAUGCAAUUGUUGAAGCUCAUAAAGCUGAAAUGUUACAACUGGCAAACGAAAAGCAGAAGUGCAUUGAAUCUGCAAACUUAAAGGUUCAUCGAGUUGAAGAAGAAAUGCGUGGACUUUUGGAAGAAACAUGUAAAAACAAAAAAGCAAUGGAAGAAAAAAUCAGGCAACUUGCUUUUGCUCUAAGUGAAAUUCAGCAAGAAAUGUGAUGGUUUUGAGAAUGAAUUUAAUUGAAAUGGACCAGCAGACCUAUUGUAAAAAUUAUUAAAUAUUGUAAUAGUAGUAA